AUGGCUCCCACCCUCAACAUCACACACAUCGGGACAGCAACCGCAACCCUCGAGAUCAACGGGGUCAACAUGCUCUCCAUCAUCGACGCCAUUCUCCUGGGCCACGAGGAUCACGUCGACAACCUGGAUGAUCUGGGCCACCACAAGAAGUGGACUGUCAUUGGGACGCCAACAAAGCACAUUCUUGGAGGGGAAUGCACGGGCUUCAUCAUCACCAGCGACGAGUUAGUUCGGACGCGGAUGCGAAGGACUCCCGAGCGCAUUCUAUCUUUCAGGUGGCACGGUAUAUGUUAA